AUGGCAGCUUCUCAGGAAUCUUUGACCUUCAAGGAUGUGUCAGUAGAUUUCUCUGGGGAGGAGUGGGAAUGCCUGGACCCAGGUCAGCGGAAAUUGUACUCAGAUGUGAUGCUGGAGAAUUACAGCAACCUGGUCUCUCUGGGUCUUGUUGUUUCUAAGCCAGUCCUGGUCACAUUUUUAGAAGAAAUGAGGGAGUGCUGGAAUGUUUGCAGGAAAAAGGUGAUAUCAGAUCCUCCAGGUAGGUGA